AUGCUAGACGACGUUAAAGAGAUCCACGACAGUAUCGCUAAGGAACUUGAUGAGGGCUCUAAAGUUGUUCUCUUUGGCCAUAGCUACGGAAGUCUCCCAGGCCUCUUGUCCAUUGAGGGAUAUACCCUGGAGGAACGUAAAGCAAAAGGACUUGCUGGAGGCAUUAAAGCCUAUGCGGCUGUCGCUGGAUUCGCAUUUGCGGUUCGCGAGAGAAACAUUUACGGGACUACGGAACAAGGUCCCGUGAUGCCUAAUCAUUCUCACGAGGAGGGCGGCCUUGUGCAUCUCCAUGAUACAUUCAAACCAUCCUUCUUUAGCGAUCUAUCAGUCAACGAACGAGACGAAGCCUGGAAAAAGGUCCUUGGCAGCCAGAGCCGCAAGAGUUUCGAUCACCUGGCAGACUUUAUCAAUGCGGAUGUCAAGAUUCCCACGACAUAUGUCAAGUGUGAGAAGGACAAAGUUCUACCUCAGGUGUAUCAAGAUAAUUUUAUCCAGGCAGGAGGAUUUAGUAAAGUGGAAAGCCUGCCUUCUGGCCAUUUUCCAUUUCUAAGCAUGCCGAAAGAGACGGCUGAGCUUUUUGGACGGAUUGCUAUGGCAUAA